AUGUCGAAAGAACGACAGGGGACGAGAUAUCAGAUGGCCCGAACUCCAACGACUGACACGCCUUCUUCGGCUGGGCCGGUGACGCCCAAGUCUGUUUCUCUCUCGAAUUCAACGGAGGUGACAGCAUUACCCAUAUGUGGUUCUGCGGUCUCGGAAAUCCAAGUACGGGAAGACGAGCCGGCCAGCGCGAGGACGGUGAAUGAUGCAGUGCACAGAAACAGCGAGGAUAGCGACGCGCAGGACCCCUUUUCGCAUUUUCCACCACGCGAACGACAAAUCCUAAGAGACCAAGUCUGCUUGACUGAGAUCAAGACCGGGUACUUUACAUUAUUUCGCUACGCUACGAAAUGGGACCUGGUGAUUAUUGUGCUCAGUGGCUGCUGCGCAGUCGUAGCCGGUGUCGGCUUACCCUUGAUGACGGUCCUGUUCGGCACAGUCACAAACACGUUCCGGGACUUUUUCCUAGGCAGCGUUACGCGCCCUGUGUUUGACAACAAACUAAGUUCAGUGGUGCUAUACUACGUCUACUUGAGCGUUGUGGUAUUUGUCUCGUCCUACGUGCAGACCGUUGGCUUUCUCUACACGGGUGAACACCUUACCGCCAAAAUAAGGACCAGGUACCUGACGGCCUGCACGGGUGAAAUCACAACCCGCAUAACAGCCGACACCAGCUUGAUACAGGAAGGUAUAUCGGAAAAGCUUGGUAUGAGUCUGACAGCCAUGGCGACGUUCGUCACUGCCUUGGUUAUUGGGUUCGCCACAUUGUGGAAACUGACGCUCAUCAUGAUCGGCGGGGUGGUAGCUAUUAUCAUCAUCAUGGCGAUCUGCGGCCUCUGGAUUGCGAAAUAUCAGAAGCAAACCCUGAACGCUUAUGCCGAGGGCGGGACCUUCGUGGAAGAGACGCUCAAUUCCAUCCAAGCCGUAACCGCAUUCAACACGCAAGAAAAGCUGGCAUUGCAUUAUGACAGGUAUCUCAAAACAGCACAGCGGUGGGACAAGCGGGCAAAGUUCACGAUUGCCCUCAAUAUCGGGGCGAUGUUUGGCACCAUCUACCUCAACUACGCACUUGCAUUCUGGAUGGGCGGGAGAUUCGUCACCACCGCAGAGACAACCGUCGGACACGUCCUGACGAUUCUCAUGUCAACCAUGAACGGGGCGUUUGCUCUUGGUAGUAUUGCCCCCAACCUCCAAGCCUUCACGACCGCUUCCUCGGCUGGGCUCAAGAUCUUCAGCAUGAUCGAUCGCUCUCCGCCAAUCGACUCCGGAUCUGUCGCGAGACGAACCAUAAGCAAUGUCAGUGGUGACAUAGAGUUUCGUGGCAUCAGGCACGUCUACCCGUCGAGACCAGAUGUUGUGGUGCUACCCGAUUUCAACCUCAAGUUCCCGGCCGGUAAAAUGACUGCCCUAGUGGGCUCGUCGGGAUCCGGGAAGAGCACGAUCGUCGCUCUCCUCGAGCGAUUUUAUAAUCCCAUUCGCGGACAGAUACUGCUCGAUGGCGUUGAUAUCACCGAACUGAACGUCAAAUGGCUGCGCAGUCAGAUCGCUCUUGUCAGUCAGGAACCUACCUUGUUCGGCACCACAGUGUAUGAUAAUAUCCGCAUGGGCCUCAUCGGCACCGAAUUUGAAAGCGUCGAUGAGGAAAAGACGACAGAACUGGUCUACAACGCUGCUAGGCUUGCCAGUGCCCAUCACUUCAUUACGAAGCUUCCGGAAGGCUACCAAACAAACGUGGGAGAGCGGGGAUUUUUGCUUUCAGGUGGACAGAAACAGAGGAUUGCCAUCGCUCGCGCACUGGUCAGGAACCCGAGGAUUCUUCUUCUUGAUGAGCCUACCUCCGCUCUGGACCUGGAAUCUGAAGCCGCCUUCAACAAAGCCUUGGAAGCUGGCUCUGCUGGGAGAACCACGAUUGUCAUUGCGCAUAGACUGACCACCGUCAGGAAUGCGGACAAUAUUGUGCUCAUGGACCGCGGGCGGAUCGUGGAACAGGGAACGCACGAAGGCCUGCUUGAAUCCCCCAACUCGACCUACCGUGGUAUGGUAGAGGCGCAAAGGAUCGCCCGCAGGAAAAGAAUCCGACUCAGUGCCUUGGAGGACCCUUUCUGGCGGGAGCAGCACGGUGACAAAGCCGAACUAGACUUGGGCGUCAACAUACUUGCAUCGGCUGUGGAGCCGGCUCUUCUUGAAGGAAUGCCCAGUCCAGAGCAUUAUUCUAUUUGGGAGUUGGUGAAACUGAUCUUGUCCUUCAACCGGACCGAUUGGCAUCUGAUGUUGCUGGGGUUCGUGACUGCAGCGUUUUGUGGGAUAGGAAACCCCGUCCAGUCCGUCUUCUUCGCCAAGGAGGUUGUCAGUCUCGCGCUCCCUCUGUCGGAGACGGCGACGAUCCUGUCAGAUUCCCGGUUCUGGAGCUUAAUGUACGUCGUCCUGGCCGCGGUGGUAUUGGUAGCGUAUUGUGUUCAAGGGCUUGCGUUCGCGAUCUGCUCCGCCAGACUCAUUCGCCGCGUGCGCGACAUGGCGUUCCGGUCCUUACUUCGGCAGAGCAUCGAGUACUUUGACAAAUCGGAGAUUGGGACACUCACCUCGUUGUUAUCCACGGAGGCUACGUUCGUCGCGGGACUCAGCGGCACCACCCUCGGUACGAUCCUGACCGUGCUCACCACCUUGGUCUCUUCCAUUGUCGUUUCCUGUGUGGUGGGAUGGAAGUUGGCUCUGGUGUGUACUGCCACCAUCCCUGUCCUAUUGGGGUGUGGGUUUCUGCGUUUUGAAGUCCUUUUUCAACUGAGCAAACGAGCAAAGAGGGCGUCCCAGAGCUCUGCCAGCUUUGCCUGUGAAGCCAUUGCUGCCAUCCGGACGGUUGCGUCCCUUACCGGCGAAAACGCCAUCGUUGCCCAGUACCAGGAGCAGUUGCACACACAAGGCCGGCGAUCACUCCGCCUAUAUUACAAGGCCGCGGUCCUGUUUGCCUUCUCUCAAUCAGCCGUACUUCUGGUCAUCGGUCUCGGGUUCUGGUAUGGAGGGCAGUUGAUUGGGUACGGGGAGUACAAUCUCCUCCAUUUUUUCAUCUGCUUUUCUGCCAUCAUCUUUGGAACACAGUCAGCCGGCAGUCUAUUCUCUUUUGCCCCCGAUAUGGGUAAAGCCAGGGCAGCUGCGGCCAUCCUCAAGCAGCUUUUUGACAUUGUCCCGUCAAUCGAUUCUUGGUCGACCAGCGGAGAGCGUCUCACCUCUAUCAAGGGCGAAAUCAAAUUUCGCGACGUUCAUUUUGCAUAUGCCACACGGCCACAUCGCAAGGUACUCCGCGGUCUGAGUCUAACGAUCAAACCAGGCCAAUGGGUUGCGCUCGUGGGCACAUCGGGGUCUGGGAAGAGUACGGUAAUUUCCCUGCUGGAGCGAUUCUACGAUCCUCAGUCAGGGGGCAUCUAUGUCGAUGGAAGGGAUAUUCGACGUCUCAAUGUCAGCAACUAUCGAUCGUUUCUCACACUGGUCGGGCAGGAACCGACACUCUUCCACGGCAGCAUCAGAGAGAACAUCCUGCAGGGUACAUCGCGGACCGAAGUAACAGAGGAGGAAAUCCUGAGCGUGUGCAAACAGGCAAACAUCUAUGACUUUGUCAUGUCACUUCCCAAAGGCGAUAUGCUUUCAGGUGGUCAGAAACAACGCGUGGCCAUCGCACGUGCACUCAUCCGUGAUCCCCGUAUCCUCCUGCUUGACGAAGCUACAUCGGCGCUCGACGCAGAUUCAGAAACAGCCGUUCAACGGGCGCUAGAGACUGCUGCGAAAGGCAGGACGACGAUCACUGUAGCCCAUCGACUCAGUACCAUUCAAAAAGCCGAUGUCAUUUACGUGUUUCAUGACGGCCGCGUGGUGGAAACAGGAACACAUCAGGAGCUGAUGGAUCGGGGAGGGAGAUAUUCAGACCUUGUUUCAUUGCAGCAUUAA